CCCACAACCUUGUGUUUUGGGGAGCCCAUUAAAAGUCACAGUGUUUAACAUUGACAUUGUUAGUGUGAUUCUGUGUAAAAUGAUACUUGCAGGCGCAUGCAUUGGUACAUCCAAGUGUGAGUAUGUUUAUCUCUUUGUGGUUGACCCACAUCCUUCGAACAGGCUAUGUAAGCAACUCAUGCUGCAUCUUGUGUUUCAGUACCUCCAUCUAUUGGCAUUAGAAACAAGCUAUGGCGUCUUCAUUGCUGGCUCUUGUUACAACUUUGUGUUUGGUCCUCCAUGUCCAGUCAGGUGCUUGUGGAGAGGCAGAGAUCAUCGGAGGGAAGAAGGUGAAGGCUCAUUCUCUGCCCCACAUGGCUCUCCUGUUUAGCAGCACAAAUCAGCCCUGCUGCGGAGGAGCCCUCCUCUCCUCCAGAUGGGUGCUGACCGCGGCCCACUGUUCUAAUAUAUCUACUGUGCGUCUUGGGGUGGACAACAUUCCAAACAGCUUGACGGAUAGAUCUGUUCAGGUCCGGAAAGUUUCAAAGCCAUACCCCCAUUAUGCCUUUAACCAAACCACGCAUAUUCAUGAUCUCCAGUUGCUUAAGCUCGACCAAGAGGUGAAUCCGACCGAUACCGUAAAGUUUUUGCCAUUGCCCAAUGAAAUGCCAGACCCCCAGGAAGGUACCAAAUGCACGGUGGCUGGUUGGGGGGCCGUCAACGCUUCAAACUUAAGGAUGACAGAUGAUCUGAUGUCGGCCAACGUCACUGUUAUCAAAAGAGAAACGUGCAACUCGCCCACAUAUUACAAUUCUGACCCAGUCAUAACUGCCAACAUGGUAUGUGCCGGAACUGUAGGAGAGAAUGAGAAAGAUCAGGAUGCUUGUAGGGGAGACUCUGGAGGACCUUUGAUGUGCAACGGUGUGCAAGUAGGAGUAACUGCCUUUGGCAGGGGCUGCGCUAAACGGAACAAACCAGGAGUGUAUAUCUUGCUUUCCAAAGAACACAUUGACUGGAUAAAUGGGAUAAUGCAGAUAUAAGUGUUCCUCUGAAACAUCUGCAACUCAAGGAUGUCAAAAUUAUUUUCAUAUAAAUUGAUUGCAAAUCUGAAAAAUAUACAUAUGAGAUAAUGAUGAUUCUUGGAUAAAAUAUGUUCCAUAGUCAACCCUAUCUUGUGUCAAGGCACCACCAGGCUGGUGAAAUUCAAUGUUCUUAUGGUACUUGUGAGAUUCAUAUUUUUAUGUACUAUUAUUAAGUAUUAAGUCAAAUCAAUCAGGUAGUAAAAGUUAUGCUAUAGCAAUAUCUAUGUUUGCAAGUCAUGUAAGUCAUAAUAUAUAUGGGUGAUUUUUUCAUUUUUACUUGCUGUAAGGUUAACAUAGAUAGAUAAGGAGUUCUAAACUCAUAGAACAGCCAGGCCUUAGAAGGCCCAUUUGCUCUUGCAAUGUGUGAAAGGCUACUUCAAGACAAAGAGGUUGUGAGUGUGGUGAAUCUUUGCAUAAGGGAGUGUUCCAGUUGCAAAGCAGGAAGCGCGCUCUUGUUAAGGAACCAGCUCAGCUGAGGCAUCGGCAUGGACAGGGGAGAAGAACAGCAGGAGGAGACAGGUCGAAGGAGUAACCAACAGUAUAUUGUGUUUGUGAUCAUGUGUGGAGCUCAGACUUUACAUGGAGUUUUGUCUCUGUUCUGCAUAACGUAUUGAAGUAUUGUGUAAGCUUUGCAACGGCAUAGAAUAAAUUAUCUUACAUUUAAUUUACAGUGUGCACUGAAUAUAAUCUGAAUUAAGCAUUUAGCGGCAUUCUCGGGAAUCAGAGCAUGACAAUUUCAGUAUUUAACCUAUGAUGUAAAUUAUUUAAGUCUAUGCUUUAUUUAGACCACAUGAUUCAAGCUUACAUCAGUACCUCAUUGGAAAACACAUCUGUAGUGCUAACACCAGUCCUGAAUAGCUUCUUAGUGGUCGACACAACAACAUAUAAAGUUGUAUGUGUUUCAAGAUAAGUCAGACACUACAAACAUGGCCUCCUGCCAUUUCCGCCCAAGCCAAGAAAGACUGAAGGUUCACCUGGGUAAAUUAAAACCAUCACACAAACCAACAAGAGGACAAUAGCAAGAAUCAACCUAUGGAUGAGAUGGUGGAAAUUAUCUUACCAGAGA